GCAUCUACACCUUUAUUUGAUUUAUGUCUACUGUUUUUCUUUCGGAGUUGUCUGAUGACGAUAUAGAAAUCAUCGAGCUCAAUACUGCCACCCAAAAUCUUUUAGAAAAUCCUCAACAAACUACCAAUCAUGAUGUUACAAAACGUUUAAAUCAAAUUCAAUGUCCCAUUUGCUUUGAUGAUGUGGCAAAGGCAACGGUAACUUCAUGUGGUCAUGUUUUUUGUUUGGAAUGUAUUCAACAAAGUAUUGCUAGUUCAAGUGCUCGAGGUCAAAUUAGAGGUAAACUGGGGGUAGGAUUAUGUCCAUUAUGUCGUAAAAAGGUGGUUUUCAAAGAAACAACCGUUUUGAGAUUAAAAGUGGUUCCAAAUUCUCGUCCUCUGGCACCUCCAGAUCUUCCAUCAUAAUCUUGACUAAAUUGAGAAUGAGCUACUUAUAAAUCUUGGGUUUGUACACUAGUUCUUCAUUUUUAUUUACAAGCUAUUUAAUUGUUCUCUAUCUAUUUUCAAGAGCUGAUGCUGCUAGUACAUGUCUUCUCAACACUUGUUGAAUUCCUUCAAUGGUAUAUACAACUUUUGGAACAUAAAGGAAUCUAGAAUUUACAGGUGAUUGUUCAUUAGCCUUCUCAAUCUCCCUAACGUAUCUUUCAAUAUCGAUUGCUUGUGAAAAAACAUCAAAUACUCCAUGAAGCCACUUCUUGGUAGCCUCUGGAUCUUCCAACGUCAGUAAUCCAACAAACCGUUCAAAUAUAUCCCCCAAAAGCUCUAAUUCACGUACAUUCUCUCCCCUUUGCCAGGUUUCAAAGUUAGUCCCUAAAAGCAUCCGGGGAAAAUCGUACAAGUGUAAUAAAUGUCCCAAUACACCAUUGGAAUUUAAGAGACUCAUCAUUGGAGUCCCAUUUUUAGCCUUGGUACGUAAAUAUUCAAAUGAUAUGGUCCAUAAUAG